AGCAAGACGAUGUCUAGUGACGAAGAAUUGGUUGCGCUUUUUGAGCGUGUCGGAUUGUCCGACAAAAAGUCCGUUGAAAUCAUCAAGAACAAAAAAGUGUCUGCAUCACUCUCUGCGAUUCUUGAUGAAGCGAAGAUAGAUUCCGCUGUGGAAGAGAAGAAGUUGUCACUUUUGCACCAAUUAGCUGUAGAAACGAGCAAGUCCACUAGCACCAACAACCGAGUUUUGGUUUCGGCAGCUAUUUUGGAUGGCAGGAUCAAGACGAACUUGCAAAUUUCAGAGGCUGUCAAGUUCAUCAGUGGUAAAGAAAAUGGUUCAGUUUCAGUAGACGAGUUGAACGACGCUGCUGGAGUUGGCCAAGAGCUCUCGGCCGAAGAUGUCAAGGCUGUUAUUGCUGACUGGAUGAAUUCUAAUAAGCAAGAAAUAGAGUCAAAGCGUUACUCGGUGCUUCCAAGAGUUUUGGGUGAAGUCAAAAAGUUACCUUCCUUGAAAUGGGCUGCUCCCAAUUUGUUCAAGCCGAUUAUUGACGAUUUGUUUUUGCAAUUCUGCGGUCCCAAGGAUGACAGAGACGUAGUAAAGAAAGAAAAAAAGAAGAAGGCACCUGCUGCUAGUGGUGAUGCCAAGAGUAAAACUGUUGAGCCAGAAAGAUCCAUGUUUUCGGAGGGUUUCUUGGGAGACUUGCAUAAACCUGGUGAUCAGCCUCAGAAGUAUCCUGAAUUGAUCAAGGAACAUUUGGCUUUCUCCAAGGGUAAAGUUUUGACUAGAUUCCCACCUGAACCCAACGGGUUCUUGCACAUUGGGCAUUCCAAGGCCAUCAUGGUGAAUUUCGGAUACGCAAAGUUCCAUGACGGAAAUUGUUAUUUGCGUUUCGACGAUACCAAUCCUGAAGCAGAGGAGGAAGUGUACUUCAACUCGAUCAAGGAUAUGGUCGAAUGGUUGGGAUUCGAGCCUUGGAAGAUUACCUACUCGUCUGACUACUUUGACCAGUUGUAUGAUUUGGCCGAGAAGUUGAUCAACUCUGGAUACGCCUACGUUUGCCAAUGUACCCCAGAAGAAGUCAAGGCUAAUCGUGGUAUGAAGCCAGAUGGAACUUUGGGUGGAGAAAGAAGUGCAUGUUCUCAUCGUAGCAAGUCUGUCGAGCAGAACUUGGAAGAGUUCCGCAAGAUGAAGAACGGAGGAUAUGCUGUAGGAGAAGCUACUCUCAGAAUGAAACAGGACUUAGAAUCGCCAUCGCCACAGAUGUGGGACUUGGUAGCCUACAGAGUCUUGAACACUCCUCAUCAUCGUACUGGCGAUAAGUGGAAGAUCUAUCCUACGUACGACUUCACACACUGUUUGGUGGAUUCCUUUGAAAACAUCAGUCACUCUUUGUGUACGACUGAGUUCAGACUUUCUCGUGAGUCUUACGAAUGGUUGUGUGAUGUAUUGCACGUCUACAGACCAGCCCAGAGAGAAUACGGCCGUUUGAACAUCACCGGUACCAUCAUGUCCAAGAGAAAGAUCGCCAAGUUGGUCAACGAGGGUUACGUCAGAGGUUGGGACGAUCCAAGAUUGUACACCUUGGAAGCCAUCAGACGUCGUGGUAUUCCUCCUGGUGCCAUCUUGUCUUUCAUCAACACUUUGGGUGUCACCACUUCCACCACCAACAUCCAGGCUGUCAGAUUCGAAAGUGCCGUGAGAGGUUUCUUGGACCAAACUACUCCUCGUUUAAUGAUGGUAUUGAACCCUAUAGAAGUAGUCGUAGACAAUGUUGACGAAGACUACGAAGAAACCAUUGAGAUUCCUUACAAGCCAGGUAAGGGCGGCGAAUCUUUUGGUUCCAGAACCAUCAAGUUCGGCAAGAGAGUCUACAUCGAUAGGGCCGACAUCCGUGAAGAGGAAGCCGACAAGGAUUACUUUAGAUUGGCACCUGGCCAGCCUGUUGGUUUGAUGAAGGUUCCUUUCAACAUUCUGUUUAAAUCUGUAGAGAAGGAUGCCGACGGAAAUAUCACCAAGGUGCAUGUCAACUACGACAACGACGGAGCCGUCAAGAAGCCCAAGACGUUCAUCCACUGGGUGCCUAAGAAGGACGCUAUUCCUGUGAAACAAGUGAGAAUCUACAACCAGUUGUUUCACAGCGAAAACCCUCUGGCCCAUCCAGAUGGCUACUUGGCAGAUAUCAACCCAGAUUCAGAAGAGGUUAUUGUUGGUGCUGUCGUAGAACCUUCGUUCAGAGACGUCGUCAAGAAGUCUCCAUUGAACGCUGAGGUCGCCGGCAGUCAGUUCAACAUCAAGGAGAAGAAGGGCAACAACACCGUCAGAUUCCAGGCUUUACGUGAAGGCUACUUCUGUGAAGACAAGGACUCUACAGCCGACGAGGUUGUGUUGAACAGAAUUGUGACCUUGAAGGAAGACUCUGCUAAGAACUGAUACGAUUCGCAGCCAUUGUACCUACAAUAGACAUAGUAAAUAUAAAUACAUAUUAAUAUCCA